AUGGCUGCUCCCACGUGCGACACGUUCGCCUUUUGUAUGGAUGCGGCCGCCCAAGCCCGGCGCGCCCUGGAGGUGCGCUUCAUCAGCAACAGCAAGGGGAAAGGACUUUUUGCCACCAGGAACAUCCGUAAGGGGGAGACGAUUUUUGUAGAAAAGCCGGUGGUGUCAGCCCAGUUCCUCUGGAACGCCCUGUAUAAAUAUAAAGCCUGCAACCACUGCUUGCGAGCGCUGGAGACUGCAGAAGAGAACGCCCAAAGGCUGCUGGGGAGAUUUCAGGCCCUGCCUCAUCCGGAGCAGUGCAGCAUCCGCAAAGACCUGCAUCAACUCUGUCCCAGUUGCCAGGUUGUGUAUUGUAGUCCAGAGUGCCGGCAGGCGGCCUGGGAUCAGUACCACCAAGUCUUAUGCCUCGGCCCCUCCAGGGAGGACCCCAAUCACCCCCUCAACAAACUGCAGGAGGCCUGGCGGAACAUCCAUUAUCCUCCGGAGACGUCAAGUAUCAUGCUGAUGGCGAGGAUGGUUGCAGUCAUCAAGCAGGCCAAAGAUAAAGACUGGUGGAUCAAGCUCUUCUCUCAGUUCUGCAGCAAAACGGCCAAUGAGGAGGAAGAAAUUGUCCACAAACUUCUGGGGGAGAAGUUUAAGGGCCAGCUGGAAGUCCUCCGCGUGCUGUUUACAGAAGCCCUUUAUGACGAACGUGUCAGCAGGUGGUUUUCCCCCGAAGGCUUCCGUUCGCUCUUUGCCCUGGUGGGCACCAACGGCCAAGGGAUGGGAACCAGCUCCUUGAGCCAGUGGGUCCACGCCUGCGAUGCCUUAGAGCUUCCCCCGCGGGAGCGAGAGCCGUUAGACGCUUUCAUAGACCAGCUUUAUAAGGACAUUGAGAAAGAGACAGGGGAGUUCCUCAACUGCGAAGGGUCCGGCCUCUUCGUCCUGCAAAGCUGUUGCAACCACAGCUGCAUUCCCAACGCCGAGGCCUCGUUCCCGGAUAACAGUUUUCUGCUGCACUUGACAGCCUUGGAAGAUAUCCAGCCCGGAGAGGAGAUCUGUAUCAGCUACCUCGACUGCUGCCAACGGGAGAGGAGCCGUCAUAGCCGUCACAAGGUGCUCCGGGAGAAUUACCUCUUUACCUGCUCCUGCCCCAAGUGCCUGACCCAAGCCAGCGACCCUGACGUAACAUCAGAAGAGGAGGAGGAGGAAGGCGAAGGGGAGCCGGACGACGCAGAGCUAGAGGACGAGAUGACAGACGUCUGA